GUAUUCUUCCAUUCCCCAGGCGAGCCAGCACGUCACGCACUGGUGAGCAGAGCUCUGAUCGGAUUUUGGACCCUAGCAAAACCGUAAAAUAGGUGACCUUGUUUGCGCAAGGUAGAUUUGAUGAGUAGGAAGCCAGUCCCCUUGAUUGUUAUUUGCCUAAGACAUUCAAAUUCAAGAUGGCAUCCGCUUUACCAAGGACAUUCAGGAAGAUGAUCGUCUCCAAGUUGACACAAAACUUCAAAGAAGCUGUCACCUUUCAGACAGUACCGAUGUUGAAGCCAGGGCCAGGAGAUUUACUUAUCAGAAAUAGGUUUGUUGGUAUAAAUGCAUCUGACAUUAAUUUUACUGCAGGCAGAUAUGACCCAACGGCUAGACCACCAUUCGACAUUGGAUUCGAGGGUGUUGGUGAAGUUGUUGAUGUCGGCAGUGAUGUCCAGAAGUUUGAACAUGGGCAAGGAGUAGCCUACAUGUCUAAUGGGGCUUUCGCAGAAUAUGUGUUAGUACCAGCUAAUAUUGCUACACCGGUUCCUGCUACGAAAGCUGAGUAUGUUCCGUUUCUUGUAAGUGGUAGGACUGCAGACAUCAGCUUGCAAGAGUUUGGUAAAUUAAAAGCUGGUGAAACUGUUUUAGUUACAGCUGCCGCCGGAGGUACAGGGCAAUUUGCUGUUCAGUUAGCAAAGGCAGCUGGAUGUCAUGUGAUCGGAACAUGUUCUACCCAAUCAAAAGUAGACUUCUUGAAGUCAAUUGGAUGCGACAGACCUAUCAAUUAUACCGAAGAGAAACUUGCAGAUGUUUUGAAGAAAGAAUACCCGGGAGGACUUGAUGUUGUUUAUGAAUCAAUUGGUGGUCCUACUUUUGAAACCUGUAUCAAAUCACUUGGGUUUAAGGGUCGAUUAAUUGUCAUUGGUUACAUUUCUGGUUAUGAAUCGGACCAAGGUUUUAUCGCAAGUGUGCUCAAUACUCUUCCACAGCGGCUUCUGUCUAAGUCUGCAAGCGUCUGUGGUUUCCUGCUGUUCCAUUAUGCUAAUAGAUAUUCGGAAUCUUUCAAACGGUUGAUAUCCAUGUACGAAGAUGGGAAACUCAAGGCCGCAAUUGAUAACGGAAAAAACAAUCCAUCAGGCCGAUUUGUUGGUGUUGCGUCAGUGGUGGACGCUGUGAAGUAUAUGUAUACUAAGAAGAGUGAGGGCAAGAUUGUUGUUGAAUUAAAUCCAGAGGAGACUAGUAAACUGUAAAAUGUUAAACAGUACUGUUUGACCCCUUGACGUAUCUAAAGGAAAACCAAUGAAGAUAUAUUAAAAAAAAUAUUAUACAGUAGCCUUGAGGUUUUACCAUAGGCUUUUAUAUAAUUUCAGUUUUUAAAAAAAUCAUGUAUUUGUAAAAUUAUUCUACAGAAAUAAAUGAUUAAAUAUAUACAGCAUAGAAGUCA